AUGGGAAAGUACGCUCAACUGGUGAUUGGACCUGCAGGCUCUGGCAAAUCCACGUAUUGCCAAACCAUUCAAGAACAUGCGAACAGUACUAAAAGAGUUAUUCAUGUUGUAAAUUUAGAUCCUGCUGCAGAAGAAUUUAAAUAUCAAUGUGCAUUUGAUAUCCGAGACUUAAUCACCUUGGAGGAUGUGAUGGAAGAAUUUCAACUCGGCCCCAAUGGUGGUCUUGUUUAUUGUAUGGAAUAUUUGAUGCAAAAUAUGGAGGAUUGGUUUUCGGAAGAGUUGAAUGAUUAUGAAGACGAUUAUUUACUUUUUGAUUGUCCAGGACAGAUUGAACUUUACAGUCAUGUUCCGAUCAUGCAACUUUUCGUAAAAGAAUUGGAAAGAAGAGGAUACAGAGUGUGUUGUGUGUAUUGCAUGGAUGUGCAAUUUAUUGAAGAUGUUACUAAAUAUAUCAGUGGAAUUACCCAAGCUUUAUCUGCCAUGAUUCAAUUUGAGACUCCUCACGUGAAUGUUCUCACAAAAUGUGACACUGUUAAGGGCAAUCAAGAAAGACAAAAGGUUUUGCAAAAUCUUAAAGUUCCAGACAAGACAGAAUUACUCUAUGCAUUGGAGAAGGAGACGAAUCCUCACAAGAAGAAUUCACCGUUUUCUAGACUAAAUCAUGCUAUUGUUUCAUUGAUUGAUAAUUUUAACAUGGUUGGAUUUUUAGAGCUUGAUAUUUCUGAUGAAGAAUCUAUUGACUAUAUUCUUUCAUAUGUUGACAUGACCAUACAGUAUGGAGAAGACGAGGAGGCAAAAGAACCCAAGGAAGAUUAUGGUGAACCCCAAGAGUAA